AUGCCAGCUUUUGAGGCGUUUCACCGACUAAAUGGCUAUUGCCGGGUGCCUAGGCCUUUUGUGGUGCCGUCGGAUGAACGCUGGCCAACGCUAUUGUGGGGUCUGAAGCUCGGAAUAAUCGUUAAAGGCAUUCGAAGAGGCACUUACUCCACCCAGGUUUCACAUGACAGGGCUCGAUUGGUGGAGUUGGGUUUCGUAUGGGAUACUUACGAAUUCGAGUGGAGCGAGCGUAUCAUGCCAGCGCUGGAGACUUUUCAUCGACUGCACGGUCAUUGCCGAGUGCCAGUUUCAUUUGUGGUGCCACUGGAUGAAAACUGGCCAAGGCUCUUACUUCACCCAAAAUUGCAUGGCCUCAAGCUAGGUUUUGCACUUGCUGGUGUUCGCCGCCGCGGCUACUACUUUGACCAGAUUGCCCGAUCGAUGGACGCGUUGGAAGCAAUCGAGUUCGACUUGAUGACCCCAGUUACCAAGAAGUGGGAAGAUCGUGUGGAACCGAUGCUGGCCACGUUCGAGCAGCUGCAUGGGCACCGCGACGUGCCGCGCGACUUCGUGGUCCCGUCAAGCUCUCCAUGGAUAAAGAAGGAUUGGGGUAUUCAGUUGGGCAAUGGCUGA